UGAGGACUGUCUAUAUUUAAACACGUGGAUCCCGGAAACGGCGGGGGUCAAGGCCGUGUUGGUGUGGAUCUACGGCGGAGGAUUCUGGGGCGGCACUUCCACACUAGACAUCUACAAUGGCCUGGCAUUGGCCGCUAGAAACAACGUCAUUGUUGUAUCCUUCAACUACAGGGUUGGCCCGUUUGGCUUUCUGUAUUGUGGUACACCUGACUGCCCUGGCAAUGUUGGACUUCUGGACCAAGUUUUGGCGCUAAAG